AUGGGUAAGAAUAAGAAGAAGGGAUCUAAGAAGACAGGAGGUGCUGCUGUUGAGGCUGAGGUACCUGCGGAGGUCGAGACCGCUUCUGAAGAGAAUAAUACAGUUGAUGGAUCUUUGCAAGACCCUAAAGCUUCUGAUCCUGUGGUGGAAAGUGGACUUGAUGAAGGUGCUGUGGUUGAGGAGGAGCUUGGUAUUGAUUCAGCUAAGGAUUUGAAGAUAAAGGAGCUACAAGAGAUGAUUGAAAAUUUGAAAGUAAAGUUAGAGGAUAAUUCUACAAAUGGUUCGAGCAAUGGAAACGAUGGAGAUUCAAGUUCAGAAUUGGAAAGUCUAAGAAACGAAAGAGAUCAUUUCGAAAAGCAGUACAAUUCUUUGUUGGAGAGAAUUUCGUCCAUGAAGUCUCUGUUUAGUAAAAUGAAAGAAAAUCAAAAAGAAUUAGAAUCUACUCAAGAACAAUUAAAUGAAUACGAAUCACAAAACUUAAAGUUAAAGACAAAAGUGGAUUCUUUGAAUAAAGAAAAAGUUGAAUUGGAGUCUACAAUCGUUACAUUAAAUCAAGAAUAUUCAAGUUUGGAAAAAGAAUUGGAAGAGUAUGAACGAAACGCACAAAAUUCAAGUUCAAAUCACAGUCGUGAAUUACAAUUGUUGAAAAAUGAAAAGAACAAAUUGAAUACACAAUUACAAGACCUGUCGGCCAUCUUAGAGAACAACAAGGAAGACAUUCGUAAUUUGAAAUUGGAAAAUACUGAUUUAAAACAAACUCUUGAUACAGUACAAAGAGACAAAUCUGAAUUAGAAAAGAACUUUGGAAGUUUAGAGAGUGAAUUAAAUAAGUUAGAAGCUAAAAAUGAAGAUGAUCUGCGUACAAAGACAAUGGAAAUCAAUUCUUUGAGGACACAGUUAGAUUCUUCAAAUGAUACAACAAAGGAAUAUUUGAAAUCUAUUGAAGAUCUGAAAAACGAGAUCCUAUCGAUGAAGGACUCGCUUAAAUCUAAGGAUGAGUUGGAAUUAAAGCAUAAAGAACAAAUUGCACAAAUUGGUAAAUUACGACACGAAAAUGUAGUUGUUAAUGAACAUUUAACCAAAGCGAUGGCAAUGAUUAAACAAUCAAGCGAUUCUGAAACUGUUGAUAAAGAAUUGAUUUCAAAUUUACUUAUUUCCUUCGUCACAUUACCUAGAGCUGAUACAAGGAAAUUCGAAGUGUUAGAAUUAAUUUCAAGUACAUUGUCCUGGGAUGAUGAUAAAAAACAACAAGCGGGUUUAAUCCAUGUAAUGAACAUGGAUGCUGCUCAACAACCAAAAAAGGCAUCAAGAACUAGAGCAUUCAUUUCUAAAUGGACAGAUUAUUUAGAAAAAGAAAGUGAAGCAGAUACAUAA